AUGUUGUCCCCACUGCGCGAACCCGUUUACGCUGCAUCUGCUCGCACGCUUAGCGGUUCGCUUGCGGAAAUGGAGAGAAUAAUCGGCGAAACACUCUUUUCCGGUUACGUGGGAUACAACGGCAGGGCGCCAGGUAGCACGACAAAGAAAGAGGAGCUGCAAGAGUCUGCAGAACGGAACAGAACGGGGGGCGACGCGAGGCACACCCUGGUUGCUUACUUCGAGAUUGUCGAACUCGCAAGCAUUCUUUGCGUGGACAGAGAGACCACAAACUUGGCGAUUCGCACGUUCCGUCAUACCGCCAACAACACGAGUCUUCGCAAUAGAAAUGUUGAAUCAUUAGCAACCGCUGCGUUUGUAUCUGCAGCGGAGAGAAGGUGGAAUGAGUACCAGGAUUGGUCGAAACGGGAGAAAGGGGCCGUUCCAAGUGACAAGGAACCUCACCUUCCUGCGCGUGAUGAAGACGCUCCCGCAGCAUCGUCUUCAGAAUGGCCUACUGUGCCAAGGCAUCUCUCAGUCGAAGAGAUUUCCACGGCGGCCAAUCUGGAUGUGGCCGAGGUCGUGCGAUACCUGAAAGUAGUCAACAUUGCCCUCCGUAAGCAGCGUCCUGAGAAUAGUUCUUCAAUCGCUGCGCACAUGCCAACGUUCUGCAGUCGGUUAGAUCUCCCGGAGAGGACUCGGAGACUUGCCAUUGGGAUUGCGGAGAAAGCCAUGGAGAACAACAUUUGCUCGCGACGUUAUCCACCCUCGCUCUCUGCAGCGGCCAUCCGUUUGGCAUGUCAGCUGGACGGCGUCCGGAAAACGCAAGUGGAAAUAUGCCGUGCAACUCCAGUCACAGACGUUACUCUUCGCAAAGUGCACAAGGAGCUUAUCCGUGACGAAAGCAUGGUGAUACCGGAAUGGUACACGAAUGACAAGCGUCAGCAGACGGAGGCUACGUUUUCUGAGACUGGGCGCCCUUUUGCGAGACCUGCUGCAAAGCGUGCCACUGAACGGGCCUCUUCCUCGCAGGAAGACAGAGAAGAGAGUCCAAGUGAUGAGAAGACUGGGCCUGCGGCAGAUAGCAGCGACUUGGGUUCUCAACAGGAGGAGCCAAACGUCUCACUUGUUCCGCCGCCCCUUCCCCCUGGAUUCGGCAAGGGACAAGGACGUCCGAAAGCGAAGAGAGAAGAAGAGAAGAAAGCAGAACCAGUUGUAUCGCAGCCGCAGCCGCCUAUGCCCAACAGUAACCCUAUGCUUGCAAUGCUCAACAAUCCUGCUAUGCAGGCAUUUGCAAAUGUAUUUGCGAUGAUGCCGCAGCUCAGUCCUCCUCCACCUCCUGCGCUACCCCCACUUCCGUCGGCGUCAGAUUCGAAGGGCCCUCAGGUGCAGGCCAGGGGACCUGGAGAUUCAAGUGAAAGAGCUGAUGCGAGGGAAGUCACCCCACCACCUGAGAAUGGUGUAGGAAAGAAGAACGAGGAGUCUCGUUCAUUGGCUGCAACAAAGCCUGAGCAGUCGCAACCUGUGCAAUCAUCUCAACCUCUACAGGCGAAUGGAAAUUUGAUGGGUGGUGUGCAAUCAAUGAUGAAAAUGGUUCAAGCCAUGCAAGCAAUCCAGGCGAUGCAGAAACAGACUGUUGAGCAAGAGGGAGGGGAAGCUACCGAACAACUCAACCCAAUUGCAAUGAUGGCGAUGGCAAUGGCACAAGCUCAAAAUGCCGUGGCGAUGGCGUCCAAAUCCACGGUGGCUCAAGCGCAACCGAAUGCACCACAAGAUUCCUCUCAAGCAAAGCCAGCGUUGGAUGAACCUGGUCCGGAGGCACAGGGAACGAAGGAACAAAAUCAGCUGGAGAACUGAACAGAAACCAUUGUUACUUAUAUUGUAUAGGCGCGACGAUUGUAUCAUACGCACAUGUAAAUUUCAAGUGAAGCGGUCGUUUUCGGGA